AUGGACAAGGACCGAGAGCAGAUUGUCGUGGGCAGCGACCAGUCUCCUGGCCAGCGUCAAUUAACCUUCCAGUCAUACCAGCAACCAUCGCCAAGUGGCACCACGGCCAGUGGGCGCGCGCAGGCUCAGAAGCGGUACGAAUAUAUCGAUGGACAGUGGGUUCAGCUAACGGCAGCCGGCCUUCCGCGCAAGAAGCCUGGUCGGAAGCCUGGUUCUACAGUGAAACCCAAGACGACAGACGGCGCCGACCCGAGCAAAGUGCGCAAGCCUCGAAAGCCUCGCGACCCCAGCGCCCUUCCUAUCCAGCGCAAGCGAAAAAUUGCGCCCGCCUCGGAUGCAGACGCAGACUCUGACGUCUCGAGAACUGCCUCAGGCCAGCAUGGUGGCAUAUCAUCGCCAUCACAGCAGCAUCAACUUCUGGGAGCCUCAGACCUUCGCGGAUCGCCCAAGAUGCCAAAGAGAGAGGGGUAUCCUGGGUCGAUGCAGAGCAUUCUGAAUGCUGACCCGCCAUCCGCCUCAAUACCCGUGCGCAGCAGCGGGCUUAGCUAUGAUCCAAUUCGCGGCAAUUAUGACCCCGUACGCGAAACUAUUACACCCCAUAAUGCAAAUCCAUACUCCUCGACUUCUGGUUCCCCCCGGGGCCCGGCGCAAGCGGCAAACCGAUCUCCCUCGAUAGCGAGUAUAAUAGAGCCACAAGCUCGAACGGCAUCGGCAACCUCGCCGAGUAUGUCACAGCAUGGACACCCAACAGUUUCGGCUCAUAGUCGGCUCCAUGGCCAAGACUCGUCAUCCAUGCCGCCGUCGCCUUCCUACAGACCUACAUCAAUACUUGGUGCUCCCCCAACUGGAGUCGAUUCGAAGAAAGAGAGCACUGUAGCAGCUAUUCAACGACCUGUGGUAAACCAGGCCAACUUUACUACUAUAUCAAAUGGCCCUAUCCGAAGGUCCUCCCCCAAACUGAAGCCUGCUACGGGCGUGUCUACACCGAGAACGGAUACUCUCGACGAUUUCCAGGACAGCGAAGGGCGCUCCAUUUUGGAUUUUGGCAAGGCUCGACCCGGGGAGGAGGUCCAGGCUCCCACUAUUGUCCUGACUAUCCCCAUCGGGGCUGGCGAAACAAACAAGUAUGUCAACUUUAUGCGAUUAGCUGAAGAGCAGUAUGGGUGGGAUGCCCUUCACCCACGUCAGGCUGCAAAUCGGGACCGUAAAGCCCGUAUUGAGGCUGCCACGGCAUCGCUUGAAAAGGCCGAGCUGGGUCGAGAGUCUGGGGAUGAGAUGUCACUGGACAACUCCGACGGCGAAGCUAGCAAUCCGGAGAACGGAGGGACUAGUGGACCUGAUGCGCAGGUUAAGCCCAAGAAAAAGAGAAACUUCAAGGAGGAUCAAUACGAUGUCGAGGACGAUUUUGUAGAUGACUCGGAGCUGUUAUGGGAGGCUCAAGCUGCAGCCAGUAGGGAUGGCUUCUUUGUCUACUCUGGGCCUCUUGUGCCUGAGGUAGAAAAACCGGCAAUUACUCACGAACGACCCAAGCGUGGCCGAGGCAGCAGAGGUGCCCGAGGCAGUAGAGGCUCAACUAGAGGCGGCACAGGUACCGGUCGGGGUGGUGGUCCUGGUUCUCGUGGUGGUGCCGUCACCAGAAAGCCUCGCAUCACCAAAGCUGAGAGGCUGCAGCGCGAGCGAGAAAAGGCCGAGAGAGAAAGCAUGGCACAAAUCAACAAGACACCGACCAACGGAUACGUUCUCCAACCCUCUACGCCCGCGUUUUCUGUUAGUGAACUGGGUGCUUAG